AUAAAUGAAUCCCCUGAUAAACGGUUAACUAACAAGCUUAACAGUAAACGCCCAUGUCCUCCCAGUCCCGAAAAGGCGGGGUGUCGCUGCCAGCGAGGCGGGGCUCAAAGCCGCAUUCAGAGCCCACUAUCCUCGCCAAACUCACCAACUCCGAAAUCGUCUCUAAAGGCAAGCAAGCUGCAUGCGACGCCGUUUUCGUUACGAAGAAGCUUCUCCGCAGCACCGGCAAGGCCGCGUGGAUUGCGGGAACCACCUUCUUAAUCCUGGCGGUGCCUCUUAUCGUUGAGAUGGACCGCGAGCAGCAAUUGAACGAGCUCGAGAUCCAGCAUCAAAGCCUCCUUGGAGCCCCGCCAGUCGGGGCACCCCCAAAGUGAACGAAAAGGGAUCGGAUCAGGUUUUGCUGGCAAUGGUUAAAUUGGAUUUUUCAGGGAUUCAUAUGCUGUUCUGAGUUUUGUUUGUUUUAAGUUAUGUGAAAGUUAUUCAAUAAGUGAAUACUUGAGGAUUUAUGCUUUGUCAUUUGUCCUGAGGGGAUGGUUAAUUUGGAUGUCAUUUUAGAAAUUUUGUGGACUUAAAUUGGGAACAAGGUUGCCUGGCAUUGAUUAAAUUUGAAGCUUUGAUACAUUAGUUCA